GUGGAGUAGUUGAACCGUGCGAGCAGCAGCAGGAAUCUAGUCACUAGCUUUUUUUGCAGUCUGAUCACUGCACAAAGAAAAUCAUAUAGGGACUUCAUGUAAGCAUUGACAAUUUAGGCUAUUAAAGCACCUAUUGCAGUGUUUUAACCAAAAGGAAUGGACUGGGUGAAAAAUAAGGGAUUUGAGAUUUUGACUAGGAAAGAUCGGGUCGCACCAGGGAAUCCUGAGAUUUCAGAGUGGAAACACUGAUCCGCACAGCUGUAGCUGCUGCUUCGGGACAGAGGAUGCAUGAGGCCGGGGGUGUGAGGUGACACGAGCAAGACUUGAGCACUGAACCAAGGGAAUAACGCCGUGAUAAAGCUUGGAGUUUAUAACGGAGCAGAGAGACUACUACACACUCACGUGGGCCACCUUUUGGCUUAUGGACUGCAAUAAGAACACACUCUUCUGACAUGAAGAAAGACAUUGAGACUUUAAUAGCAUUGGAAAGAGCUGACAUAAUCAGCAAAUAUGAGAAGGGAAGGCAACCAGGAGCUGAAAUUGACCUGUGGGAGGAUGCUGAUUUUACCCUGUACAAAGUUACUGAUAGAUUUGGCUUCUUACAUGAACAAGAGUUGCCUCUACGGACGGCUGUUGAGGAAAAGCAAAAGCAGCAGGAAAUUGAACGUGUAGACAAAUGGCUGAAGAUGUUGAAGAAAUGGGAAAAGUACAGGACCAGUGAGAAGAUGUUUCGCAGAGUGUACAAAGGAAUUCCUUUACAAGUGAGGGGUCAGGUCUGGUCGCUGCUUUUGGAUGUUGAAGUUAUGAAGUCUGAGAAUGUGGGUAAAUAUGAGAAAAUGAAAGACGUGGCCAAAAUUUAUUCAACAGAGAUCAAACAGAUUGAUUUGGAUGUAAACCGAACAUUCCGCAAUCAUAUUAUGUUUCGAGAGCGAUAUGGUGUCAAGCAGAGGGCCUUGUUUGAUGUGUUAUCAGCUUAUUCAGUCUACAAUACGGAAGUAAGUUACUGUCAGGGGAUGAGUCAAAUUGCAGCUGUGCUACUCAUGUACUUGAAUGAGGAGGAUGCAUUUUGGGCUCUAGCUCAACUGCUAACCAACCAGAGACACGCAAUGCAUGGUUUUUUUAUCCCUGGUUUCCCAAAGCUCCAGAGGUUUCAGAGUCACCAUGAGCAGAUCCUAAGCAAGUUCUUCCCCAAGCUAAAGAAGCACAUGGACAAAGAGGACAUGUCCACUGGGAUUUAUACAACAAAGUGGUUUCUACAGUGCUUCUUAGAUCGGACGCCGUUUACACUUACUCUGAGGUUGUGGGACAUCUAUAUCUUGGAAGGCGAGCGAGUCCUGCCAGCCAUGGCUUAUACAAUACUGAAACUGCACAAAAAACGCUUGCUGAAGAUGUCCAUGGAAGAUCUUCGGGAGUUUCUACAAGAGAGAAUUGCACGUUCCUUGAGCUAUGAUGAUGAUAUUGUGGUUGAACAGUUACAGACCUCUAUGGCUGAGCUGCGGAAGAUGAAACUUGAGCUACCACCACCAGGAAAGGCUGAAGAGUUCCCCAAAAAGACCUUGGGUCAGGAUGUUCCUGUACACCUACUUCCAGUUAAACAAGCUGUGGAGUUCAAUGGACAGAAUAAGACUGACAGUGAGGGUGCCCAACAAACUUCUCAGUCUCCCGUGGAUGUAAAUGAGAAUAACUCAAACACAGGUGAUAAAAGCAAGACUGUUACAUCUGCCCCACAGCAAAAUGGAACUUCCAGACUUUUUUUGGAAAGCGAGAUGGACAUUCAGGGCACAGAUAGGCAGUCUGUAAAUGAGAUGGAUACUCCUAAGCAGGUGGAGCAGCAUGUGGUAAAUCUUAUUGCUGGGGCAGAAACAACAGUAGAUGGGUCAAAAUUAGAAAAUGACACAUUUAUUGAAGAACUCCCGGACCAUCUAUUAGAAAAGGGCACAAAAGAGUUUCCUGGAUUAUGUAUCGUGCAGGAAGGUAGUUUUCCAGAACAAGGUUUAUCCAUCUCUACUAUAAAAAUGGAAGGUAACACGGUAACAGACAAUUCCAACUUGGGAGAUUUUACUAAGAGAGCACAGUCACAGCAUCUUAUGCCAAGUGACACUACAGGCACAACUCCCACACUCCCAGCUUUAGGAGACAAAGACCCAUACCAACCGCAUUCAGUUGAAGUCUGUCAGACUUCUCAAAGUGAGAGUGAGACCUUAUCAAAUAUUAAGGACUUUCCUUCAUAUGAUUCUUUGUCUUUUCCACACGAAACAGAAUAUAUUUCUACUCCAGAAGAAGAAAGCACUGCCCUCACUGAUACAGGACAACUGGUCUCCCUCUUGCCGCCUGGUGUACAAACCAGAAGAUGUUCUUCACAGUAUGAUAAUAUGUCACAUUCCGAUCAGGAAGAAUGGCCUCCAUGCCCCACAGAAUCCUCCUUGGAUGAUUUGGAAAGAGAGUCGUGGCAGUCUGACUUAUGUAAUGCUCUGGAUUUGGUCACAGAACAGCCUAACGAUCCAGGCGAGCUCCUACAGCUCAAACCUAUCAUUUCUAGUCACCAAGGACCGUCCUGCAGUGUGCCAACAUUACUUAUCACCCAGUGUGACCUGAGAGAACCAAUCAAUUCUCUUAGCAACUCCUCACCAUCUUUAAAUAGUACUUAUAGCCCUUGCCAUGUUAUUAAGACAAGAACCCCUAUUCAAGUGUCUCAUGCAAUCAGCCAGGGCAUCAUAGAUAGCAAGCAAGCAGCACAAUCGUUGAUUGAAAGUCCCAAGCAUUUCCUUGCUCUUGGUAAGCAUAAUGCAGAGGAAAAAGAUGGAGACCAAAUUGGUUGUGAACCCCUUGUAAAUCAUAUAAAUGGUCCCAUGAGUCCAUGCAAAAAAUUCCCAUCUCAAAACUCAAAGCCAAUGCUACCAGAGAAACGUCCAGUUAUUCCCAAAUCGCUUUCCAAUAACAACUUCUACUCAAGCAAUCAAACCAUGGCUCAAAUGUCCAAGUCAGUAACAUUCUAAACAAGAACAGAAGAUGAUGCAUGACAUGCUAUUGUGUUUGCUUCAUUGUGCUGUGCUGUGUGUGAGCCAUUUUUAUGCGGGACAUAAAAACAAGGCAUGAUCUAUAGCAUAGACACGUGGAACAGGACUAGACUUAUCAUUUUCAGCUACACUGGUUUGACAGGCUGGAUUUUAACAUCUUUUAUUAUUGUUUUUUAAUACAAACAGAUCACAAAGUGCUUAUUUUUGAAAAAAAAUUAUGAUUUAUUUUUAUUUUAAAAGACGUGCAUUUAAUCAAGUUCUGGGCAGAGAUAAAGUAUUAUUGAGUAUCUUUAGGAGGACAAAAUAUUUUCUCACCUAAGUGUCCAUUAAAAGCACUUUUGUUAAACUUCAUUACUGGCAUAUUCAUGUGGAUAGUGCUAUGGGGUGGCAUUGACAACCUUCAUCUUAUUUGCUGAAUUUUUCUAGGGAGUCCGAAAUUCUAAAUUGAUGUAUUUCAGCCAUGCUGGCCAGAAACCCUACACUGUCUAGGACUAGCUUUCUAUACAGUUUCCCAGUAGUUGUUAUUACUAGUAAACUGUUAAUUGCACAUAUAGAGUUCAGCUCACCUAGUUUAAUUGAUGACUUAGCAUAGGGACCUUCAUAUUUGUUUUGUAUUGUUUUUUAGGAGAUUCGUAAUGAUUCUUCAUACCAUUACUCCACUUCGAGUGUUAUGUAUAAAAUAUGCAUCUACUUGUAUAAUUUGGUAAUGGCAAGGAAUAUUCAUUUAUGAUCUUUGUUUAUUUAUAAUAUUCUGUGUUCAUCUUUUUAUCCCUAUUAACCUUUAAACAAAAAAAAUAUUUUUUCCAUGAUACAGAUGUUUUCCGUAUAUAAGCAUCUUAUAAUAAGAAAACGAUGCAAUAACAAGCAAUAUUCAGCAGUAAAGUGCAUAGUGAAUUAACAGUACAGUUUAACCAUUAAAAUAACAUUUGAGCUUAUGCCAAAUAGGCCAAUGCACCAGUCAAGAAAAUGAAUCAGUUUAUUUCUAAAAUAAUUAUUUAGUACUUAUUUAUUUAAACAGAAAGUUAAUUUUAUUGGGUGAAACCAAAGGCUCCACAAUUUUCCAUAUUUUUUUUUUUAGAUAUUUAUUUCUUAAAGAAAAUAAAAAUUGUUCAAUAUUGUAAUGUGUAAAGGAGAGGGACAGGUACACAAGGUUUUUCUAUUUGUGUAUUCUGAAUAGCAUAGAUUUCAUUGCAUUCAUUGUCAUUUUCAAUGCUGCAGAAACAUUGAGGGUUUGUCUAAAAACUUUAAUAGGUUUUUUUUCCUGCAAACAUCUUUUGAUAUUUAUCAUAGUCUGUUUGCUUUCACCUACUUCUAAUGAAAUUAAAAAUGAUUUCAUUUGUUUUGUGCAUUUUUUACAGUUAAUUACAGACAGUAACCUUUCUUCGUUAAGUGUCUGAUUAAAGCCAAAAAUUAAAGAAUUCUAGAUUAACAUGUUGUACAUGCCAUGUAAAUCCAGACAGCUAAAAGAGCGUAGAAGGCUGUAGUAAUCAGUUCAUAUAAAUAAAUAGGCAGUAUGCGUGACACCCUGCUCACCAGCUUAUGUUGUACAACCUGGUAUAACCCUGUAACUCUGUUUCAGGAUAUGUAGUUACUGCUCCUUCACUGCAGGCACUUCUCUAGUAUUUAUAGUGCUCUGUCCAUACUUAACUGAUUGUAUAUACAUAGUGAUUGUUGGAGCAUAGGGCCUGGCUCAGAGAUGGCUGAUAAUGCGGCCGCGCUUGCCGUUGCUCUCUCAAUAGCUGGAAAUAUGCAAAUGCUUAUUUCAGCCUUCUCUUUGUACUCCACCAUGUGAUGGAGUGUAUGAACGCUGAAAUGCCCACUUUUGGGCUCUGUGGUCAGUGCAAUUGCGAUAGAUCAGUCGCACCAGUGACAUUUGCGAUAGCCAAGGGUCUACCCAAGCUACUCUCCUCAAAUCCAACUAAACAUGACCUCUGUAGCAGUUGAUUUGAAAGCAGGAAGGCUGCUGCAUUCCCAGACAUUCCAGUGACACUCUUAUUACACGUCCUUGAAGUGGACCCUUUUUGUAAUCACUUUAGGUCACCUCACAGUCUCCACCAGGAAAAGCCCAAGUUUCACAAAGCCAUUUGCAAGUUUUAGCAAUCCUGUAUGCAAUUGCGAAUACCAUCAGACAUUAGGGUGCACAGAAGGUGGUCCCAGACUUUUUGUGCAUGCGCGGCAGUAAAAAACAUUGUUUAACUGGGGAAACAUUGAUACUACGUCUGUCUCUGUAUCAGGCCCAUAAUUCCAGUGCUCAAAAAAUACAAGAGGAUCACACAAUUGUGCAAUAUAGUAUAUAAGAAGUGGGAAUCCAUUCUCCUGUUACAGUAAGUACUGGGUGGAUUUUAUGGCCUUGACAAAGAUGUGCAUCCCAGAUUUAACUUCAAAAUAAUGAUUCAGAUUAAAAUCACCAGAUAGUGACGCCGAAUACCAUUACACAGCAAGCAAUGUAGCACUGGACUUCUAUCCUCUGUAGUGUGUUUGCCUGGAGUCAAUGCAAUUGAUUUUCAGUUAUGAAUUAAAAUUAUGGUACUAGACCAAGUUGAUUGCUAGAGACAAAGUUGUUGAACCUUAAUGCAUUUUGAUGCUUACUUACCUCUUUUUUUAUGGUCAUUUGCAGUGGCGACUCCAGAGAUGAGGCUGCAGCGCAGUCAAAAUGUCAAAUAGGGGAGCCAAACCAUCUACCAGUGAGUCAGUAUGGGAUGAUAGUUGGUGGCAGUUGGCGUGGCUCCCCUAUUUGAAAUUUGGACUAGGCUGGAGCCCCACCUCUGGGGCCGCCACUGGUCAUUUGGGUAAUUAAUUAAAAGACCUGCAGCCAUUGCAAUAUGUCUUUGCAUAUACGUGUUAGCAGAUUUGCUCUUGGGCACCCAUUCCUGCAACUCCUUUCUGUUAUGCACUAUUAUCAUCCUAGGGACCAACAUUUUAUCAGCAGCUAGCUCUGACGUUAUCCUCCCACACUCUCUGCACUAUAAUAUACACUUUGAAACUCUUUUGUCAUUGAACUGUUUGAGACUUAAUUUGACUACAGACGUUUAUAUGUAACAUUGUGAUUAAAUGCAGAAAUUCACACGGACCAUUUAUACCUAAUUAACAAUGCAAUUGUUAGCCCAUAUACACAGACCCACACAAACUUAGUGUACCACUUUGUUUACCUAUAACAGAUUGUUUAAUUGAGGUCACACACAUCACAAUCAAAGCUGCUCUUGAGAGUCAGGGAGGUAGCUUUACUAAGGUUCCUAUAAAUGAAAAGUAGUGAUGUUGGCCAAAGCAACCAUUCAGAAUCUGUCCAUCAUUUUCUAGAGUGCAAUAUGGAAUUCAUAGCUAGAAUCUGAUUGGUUGCUAUGGGCAACAUCACUUUUCAUUUUUGGAAGCUUUAGUAAAUUUAGCCCAUUGCAUCCCACUUUACCACCUUGAGCACAAAUCAACACCUUUACCAACCUAUUAGCUUAUUUCAAAAUACUUUACUUCAAGUCUUACAUGGUAAAUGUUGGUAUAUGACAGAGGUGCCUAGCCAAUCAGCAUAUUUGGUGAAAUAUUUCUGAAUGUCUUGUACUGCCACAUUGGGGGGCAGUUUGUGUGUGAAAAGCGUGAUCAACCAUUAGUCAUUAGGUUAACCUAAAUAUUAUCAUAUUUAAUUAAACUUGAGGAAAUUAAAUUCUAAUGAGUUGCUGAAAAUGCUAAUUUAUUCUAUUGACUAAUAUAGGAAUGCAGUCAUAAGGUUUUUUUCCCUUUCAUUUAAACAUUAUCUUAAGUCAUGUUCCUGCUGCGAUGAUUAUCGAAUAAUUUCUUCAAUUACAAUGUGUCUUCCUUCAGAACUCAUGAAUGUUACCUAUUUCUCAGACCAAAAUAAAGAGUUGUUACUAUAAUACUGUAGAUGUUUAUGCUUAAAAAUGUGUUUAGAAAUAAUUUGUAAAAUUCUUUGGAAUUCGC